ACAAGUUCUCAGUUACUCAGCAAGUGUUGGCAAUCGUUAGAUGAUGAUGUGGAAUUUACAAAUUGAAUUGUUGCUUCUGUUAAUUUAAUUCUUUAAAUAUUAAAGCACAGUACCAUGGACAUAACGCAGCACUUUAAGGCCAGCGUUAUGACAGUGCGAUUGCAACGCAAGACUGAACUGGCAGUGGCCAAAGCCAAAGCUCAGGACAACAAACAACAACGUUUCGGCACCGCAUCCGCAAAGACCACUGGGAGCACUGGUACUAACGACUUUGCCAAACAGGCUAAGGAUGUGUGUAGCAAGAUAACGACGCUCCGGAAUGUACUCAUCGAGAAUCGCACAGCAUAUAUGCGAAUCGGGCAGCACCUGAAGAGCGCCACUCACAUGACGGAUGCUGAGCGUGAUUUAAUUGAUCGCGAAUCAGAGAAAUUCGUAACGUACUACACACAGCAUCUGGCUAAGAUGCGCAGCGACUGGAAGAGUGCCAAGCGAAAGUCACAAGAGCGCCAACAUAUUGAGGCGGUGCUCGAUAUGCUGGUCAGCUAUUUGCACAGUAUCGAGCAAAUCUACCUAGAUCAGAAAAAGUAUCGCGUACAACACGAGCUGGAAACAUACAGGCUGCUCAAGCUGGCGGCAGACAAGAAAAAGAUACCAGUGCGUCCAGCGGGCAAUACAAGUGGCAAACUAACCAAGCGGCAACAGAGCAAUGGUAGCGUUGACGACAGCAACGAAGAGCUGUUGCCUGCUGAGGCAGCAGCAGAAGAGGACAACGAUUGGAGCAACGACAGCUGGGCUGAGUGGGAUGAUGAGCAGGAGGAAUCGCAAUUGGACAGCAGCUCGAAGGCAGAAAAACAGCACAAACCACGCACGCGCAAACACAGUCGACCAACUGGGCCAAACAGCGCUGAUUCCUCGGCCAAAGUUGCACUAGAUGAGGACAUACAGAAGACAGCGCAGCAGCAGGAGAAUGAUGAAGAGGAUGCCUUAAGCGCGGAGGAUAUGCAGCUGUUCGAGGCGGAAAAUGUGCACAUUUACAAUCUGCUGCAAGGCGUCUCAGAGGAGGUCGAACAAAUCGAAAAGAAUGUUGUGGACAUAGCACAGCUACAGGACAUCUUCACUGAGAAGGUUGCCAUGCAACAGCACAAUAUCGAGCGCAUUGUGAGCGCCGUAGUUGGCACCACGGAGAACGUCAAGGAUGCCAACGAGCAGAUUCGACAGGCAACGCAGCGCAAUGCUGGCUUGCGCGUCUGGUCCUUGUUCUUUCUGCUGGUAAUGUCCUUCUCAUUGCUAUUUCUUGACUGGUACUACGAUUAAAAUUCAAAUUGUUUGGUGUAAUGAAAAAAGAAGGAAAAUAUGUGAAUGU